AACAAACCACGUUCAAUCAAAAUUUUUGGAUAAUAAAACCUGAUCUCAUGCAACGCUAACAUACCCAAUCGAUUCGCUUGCCUUGAAUCAUAUUCAAUAUCUUAAAAAUCGUCAUGUAUCCUCGUUGGAAUUACAAUUUUACUGAUCGAAAUCGGCAUAUCAAAAAGAGACCAGUUAAAUUCGAGAAGCAGCUCACUGAGGUGCUGUUCUCUUCAUAUGCACAGCGACAUGUCUUGACUUUGGCACGCUAUCUCGACACUGAUGAACCGAUUAUGGUCAAGAUUCGCUAUGGGCUAAACCCAAAGGAUUUCGAACUCAUCGAACAUGUCGAAGGAACACGAAAAAUCACCUCCAGUCAUUUUCUCCACGAAAUGGAUGUCCUUGACGCCCUUUCGGAGGCCGGCUAUGGCCCAGACUAUAUCGACUGUGCUACUCAGCCUGCGGGCCUGACGCUUCCAUAUCCUCAGGGUGAAGUGGAUGUCCUUGUCAUGUCACGAGUUCCAGGGGAAAGGCUUGGAGAGAUAUCUGACGGCUUAUCUGAGGCCCAACUUGAAAGCAUUCGUUGCCAGCUUACCGAGAUACUAGAGUACUUGCGACAGGAAGGGUAUGUCCUGUUCCAACAGGACCCCAACUUUCUCCAAUACGAUGUCAAAAAUGAUAAGCUCUACCUCGUGGACCUCACUUUCAUCGACAUAAUCGACCCCAUCUACGAACGCAACAUGAAGCAAAUCAAGCCCGAUAGCAUGUGGGUUCUGGAAUUCGGGUUGUGGACCGAAGAGCUGAUAAAGCGCAAUUUACAACCCAAGCGUCUUCUGCAACCAGAAAACCAGAAGCAUGAUGGUAACCUUGAUCCUGGAAAAAGACUACGGCGAACCUCCGGCGAGCCCUCUGAACGAUCUCCGUAA